AUGAAGCCUGUCUCUCUUGUCUUCUCCACAUUAUUUUGGUACGAAUACAUUAUUCACUUCUUUCUUAUUACCACUCUGAACUCAUCACUACUGUGGUUUAUCUCAAACAUUAGUAGUAGUAGUAGUAGUAGUACUAGUGCCCACGCAUUGUUGCUAGGAAAUGAGAGUGAUCAUCUGGCUUUGCUCAAGUUCAAGGAUUCAAUAUCCAAUGACCCUUUUGGAGUCUUGGAUUCUUGGAAUACCACAAACCACUUUUGCAAGUGGCAAGGAAUCACAUGCAAUAAUAGUCCCAAGCAACAAAGAGUUAUUGAAUUGAAAUUACCAGGAUAUUAUCUGCAUGGAUCUCUGUCUCCUCAACUCAGUAAUCUCUCUUUUCUGAGGCACAUAGACCUCGAAAACAACAGCUUCUAUGGAGAUAUCCCCCAAGAGCUUGGUCUCUUGUCACACCUGCAGGUACUUUAUCUUAAUAACAAUUCUCUGACUGGUGAAAUUCCUAUAAACUUGACCAGUUGUUAUGAACUCACAAACUUUGACUUCUCAUGGAACAAUUUGAUUGGUAACAUACCAAUUGAAAUCGGAUCUCUUUCCAAGCUCAAAGAAUUUUUCAUUGAGAGUAAUAAUUUAAGUGGAAGAAUCCCACCAUCCAUAGGUAAUCUUACAUCCCUCACUUCCCUAGUGUUGAUUUCUAAUAACUUGGAGGGGAAUAUUCCACAACAAUUAUGUGCCUUGCAAAACUUGACAUAUUUAUUAGUCGAUUUGAACGAAUUUUCCAGUACACUUCCGUCUUGUCUUUACAAUAUAUCAUCUCUUAGUGUGUUAUCAGUUUCAAACAAUAAUAUUAGUGGCUCUUUGCCGGCCAACAUUUUCCAUAACCUCCCAAAUCUUCAAUUUUUCCAAAUUGGAACUAACAAUUUCUCUGGAACAAUUCCACUUUCUGUCACAAAUGCAUCUUUACUACAAGUACUUGAUUUGGAUCGAAACCAUUUUGUGGGACAAGUUCCAAGCCUAGGGAAGCUAACAAAACUUCGAUUUCUAUCUGUAUCUGAGAACAAUCUAGGUGGAUUUCCAACUAAGGAUUUGAAGUUCUUGAAGCCAUUGGCCAACUGUAGUAACUUGUACGUGCUUGGCAUAUCUGUCAAUAACUUUGGAGGCCAGUUGCCAAAUUACAUUGGCUGCCGUUUUGAUGGGAAUAUUCCAGCUACUUUUGGACAGUUUCAAAAGAUGGAAUUAAUAGAGUUGGGUGGAAACAAGUUUUCAGGAGAGAUGCCAGCCUUUAUAGGCAACCUCAGCAAGUUAUUUCUCUUGGAUUUGUCAGACAAUAUGUUUGAAGGAAGCAUUCCUUCAAGUAUAGGAAACUGCCAGAGCUUACAACACCUUAAUUUUUCCAAGAACAAUCUCAGCGGAACCAUACCAUCUGAGAUUUUCAGCAUUUCUUCCUUAACAAUCUUAUUAGACUUGUCACAAAACUCAUUCAGUGGCAAUCUAUCUGAUGAAGUGGGAAAGCUACAAAAUCUCAAUUUCCUGAAACUCUCUGAGAAUAAUCUAGUUGGCAACAUUCCUGCCAGCAUUGCAGUGUGUCUAAGUUUGGAGUUCCUUUAUCUGCAAGGGAAUUCAUUCUCCGGAACCAUACCAUCCUCUUUGGUUUCGCUUAAAGGUCUCCGAAAAUUAGACAUAUCACGAAACCAUUUGUCCGGGUCGAUUCCUGAAGGCUUGCAGAACAUUUCACUUGAGUAUCUCAAUAUCUCUUUCAACAUGUUGGUUGGCAAAGUACCAACAGAAGGUGUUUUCAGAAAUGUGAGUGAGUUUGCAAUGAUUGGAAACAAUAAGCUUUGUGGGGGUGUUUCAGAGCUUCAUUUGCCACCAUGCCCUUCUGAAGCUAAGAAACCAAAGAGACACCAGAAUUUCAAGUUGUUUGUAGUGAUAGUUUGUGUGUGUGCUUUUUUCUUCUUCUUAUCUCUUUUCCUAACCAUUUGCUGGAUGAGGAAGAGAAGCAAGAAAAUGUCUUCUGAUGAUUCACCAACAAUUGAACUGCUGUCUAAGGUUUCCUAUCAAAGCCUACACAAUGGAACAAAUGGAUUCUCAGAAGAAAAUUUGAUAGGGUCUGGAAGUUUUGGCUCUGUGUAUAAGGGAACUCUUGAGUUAGAAGAAAGUGUUGAUGUUGUUGCCAUUAAGGUCCUAAAGCUUCAAACCAAAGGUGCUGAGAAGAGUUUUGUUGCUGAAUGUAAUGCACUCAAGAGUGUGAGGCAUCGCAAUCUGGUGAAGAUUUUAACAUGUUGCUCAGGUACAGAUUAUAAAGGGCAAGAAUUCAAGGCUCUAGUUUUUGAGUUCAUGACAAAUGGAAGCCUAGAAAGUUGGUUACAUCCAUCAACAGGAAUUUCAAAUCAAAGUGCUGCUAGAUCACUGAACCUUGAGCAAAGGUUUAACAUCAUCAAUGAUGUUGCCUCCGCAUUUCAUUAUCUUCACUAUGAAUGCAAUCGAGCUAUUAUUCAUCGUGAUUUAAAGCCAAGCAAUGUUCUUCUCGACGAUUUGAUGGUAGCUCAUGUGGGUGAUUUUGGAUUAGCAAGACUACUUGAGAAGAAUAUUGGAGAGUCUUCUAUGCAAACUAGCUCAACUGGACUUAAAGGAACUUUUGGUUAUGCUCCUCCAGAGUAUGGAAUGGGUUAUCAAGGGUCCAUGGAAGGAGAUAUGUAUAGCUUUGGGAUUCUGAUAUUAGAAAUGUUGACUGGAAAGAGGCCCACGGAUGAAAUGUUCAUGGACGGUCACAAUCUCCAUAAAUAUGUUGAAGUUUCAAUUUCAAGUAACAUUUUCAAGAUUGUGGACCCUUGUAUCCUUUCCAUGGGAGAACAACUACAGCCUGGGGUUGAAAAUUGUUUAAUUUCACUGUUUAAAGUUGGACUGGCCUGUUCAAUGGAAUCACCAAAUGAAAGAAUGGCUAUGGUUGAUUUAAUGAGAGAGCUUAAUCGAAUCAAAAGUUGUUUUCCUUCUACUCAACUCAUGGAAGCAGAUCAGAAC